AUACGACAGCGGAGGGACGGAAGCAUGGCAAUCACUAAAGAGAUCCUCGCUCAUGGCACGGGUUGGUUUGAUUUCGCUUACAAGGGAAACCCGGAGGCCGAGUCGCUCGCAUUUCGCAAUGAUUACACCGCUCAAUACGGCUUGUUUGGAAUCGAUUUCGAAACUCCUGAGGGUAUCGUGCGCACCGGCUACAGUGGAUGGGCCGUGGCCAACUCGGCCCAUCCUAAUGCCUACCUGAGCAUUCAUGGGUCACGAGUGACAGCCAUCAUAAGCGCAGUCGCAUGCAUUUUGACGGCAGUGACAUAUCUCCACUCGAAGAAGGCCCCUGCCGAAGCUUCCGUGUACAUUAUGGGCCGAUGCGCCUGGCUCGCCACGUUGGAUUUGGCCCUCAACCUGACGACGCUCGGCUUGUGGAGCAUCACGGCGUAA